AUGGACGAGUAUCUGCUUGACCACUCCGGGCGUUUACGUUGUAAACAGCGAAGAAUAAAAUGCGAUGAGACACAUCCUCACUGCAAUCAGUGUACACGGCGAGCGUACGAAUGCCCCGGCUACCAGCGCCCGUUGAAGUGGUCGUCCAAGUACGAGGUUGCUGCCAAUAAUGACACAGCCGCAAGGGAAGAUGCACGCUCGAAACACACCAUCAAUGCCCAAACACCAGAUCUGGAGGUAGAUACAAUAAGUUCUAUCCUGUCGCCCUCGGUGUCUGUGCCGGGGUUAACUCCCCAGCAUCUCGCGAUGGCAACCGGGCUCGCCGAACAAGAUGUUUCUCUCUAUACCGCAGGCUCAGAUGCAAGUUUCCCAGACUUUGGUUUCAAUAACAUCUCGUCACCGCAGUAUGAACAGACAUCGAGCUCUUUCUUUGACUCCGUGAAAUUUUCCGAUGUCUUUAAUACCAACUUGGGCGAAUGGGCAGAUCUCACGGUGUCCUUGCCCCUGCCGCUGGAAGACCAAGACGCUCGAAUCUCCCGGCACUACUUUUUCAAAGUCUGCAGGAUCAAUCCCUGCUUUGACUCCGGCGCAAACCCUAUGCGUGUGCAGAUACACGACCAGAUGGCCUUCAGUGGGCUAAUCUACCACUGCGUUGUGUCCAUGUCCGCAGCGCACGAAGGCAGCAUUGAUUCCACUGCGCUCACCUACCGAUCAAAAGCUGUGACCUGUCUGAAAUCAGAACUCACACGACUCAAGGGGGGAACUGAUUCUGAGAGGCCACUAGGGUCGACGGAUCUGUCUAGCGCCCUACUUGGCUGUAUCCUGCUCGGAAUGACUGAUUCCCUGGACGUGAUAGCCUAUCUAAAUGCCUUCUGCGAGAAGGACAUUAGCACCGGGACCCAAAUACAUCCCAGCCCCUGGGCAGGUGUCUGUACACCUCUAUUUGUAUACCUCGCGAAAGCAGGAACUCUGGCCCGUCAGCGGUCCUUGGCGAAGAAUCUUUCAAACCUAACGGCCGGACCGUCAGCUACUAGUAUCCAGACGCAGCUCAUCGCUGAUCCCACAGGACAAGCCCGGCAGACUGAAACUGCACUCCUAGAAUAUGAGAUUCCGGCCGAGGACCGCAUCGGAGAGACAGCCGACCACCUAAGCCCCAUCAGCCACCUUCAGAAAAUGGCUCAGAUCUACCGUCUCGCGACUCUGCUGGAGAUAUAUAGGAAUUUCCCCUCGCUCCUGCGGACGGAGAGUAAUACCACCCCGGAAUCGACAACCCAGAGACAAGAACGUGAACGGCCCCUGGAAAACUCCAGCGGCAAGGAUAAGCUCCUCACCAUGGCAACAGCCAUCUUAACUCUCAUUAUGGGUCUUCCGCGCACGUCAGGAGUUAACUGCGUCAUGACGAUUCCACUCAUCAUUGCAGGAAGUACUCUCCAACCGGUCACACCAACCUUCACUGGAGCCAGAAAAGCUGGAAGGGAAAGCGGGAAAAGAGACAAGUACCAGCCAGAAACAGAAGCAGCUACAGCUUGGAAUACCCUCGCUUCCGAGAUCCUAUCCAUUUCGACACAGGAGGAAACUGGGCUGUACUGGCGUGACCUUGUCCGCGAGCGUCUACGGGCUGUGCAUAGCUAUGUAGGACUUGCUAGUGUCCUCCGGGCAUUGGAUAUUCUGGAGAAUGUUUGGGCUCGCGCUGAUUUCCAAGCAAUUGCUGCCAAUUGGAAUGCUGAAUUGGAGUUUGUGCAGUGGACUGAGGUUAUGGUUGGAGAGAAACUGGAGACUGUUCUUGGGUAG